AUGAAAGAAGUUGCGCCAACUUGUGCUGAGGACUGCGACUUAGUCUGUCCCAUUACGUUGCGAGUCUUUCGAGAUCCAGUGAUAGCUGCAGAUGGCCGUACCUAUGAACGUGAAGCAAUCGUACGAUGGAUCAUGAAGCAUGGCACUAGUCCAUUCACACGAGAGCCAUUGAAUGUCAAAGACUUACAACAGAAUUAUCAUGUGAGAGGUAUGGCUGCUCGACGACGAAGUUCAACGUCAUCUUAUUGUGUGAUUGAUGAAUCAAGAAUUUAUCGAAGUCCACGGGCAACACCUGCCAACGGUAGGUUAUCAUUUACCCCAAAUUGGUUACCACAAAUCAACCCCGAAAACAAAUCCCCAUUUGGGGAUUUUGAUUUUGAAAUUUUUUAUUUUGGGGAUUUUUUGACAUAA